AUUAAUGUUUGAAAGCUGUCAAAAGGAAAUGUUAUGUCCUCCGCCAUAUUGCCUUAUUUAUAUACGUGACAAUUAUUAGCGUUUUGGUUUCAUUAUUCAGUCUAUUUUUUUCUGUUUUUGUUGCUUUCUUUUAAAAAGUUAACAUCCAACAAUGGAAGAACAAAGUGGAACAUCUGCGCCUAGGGUAAGCGAUAAACGCUUGGCACAAACGCAGGCUAAAGUAGAUGAAGUGGUUGGAAUAAUGCGUGUCAAUGUUGAGAAAGUAUUGGAAAGAGAUCAGAAAUUAUCCGAAUUAGACAAUCGCGCGGAUGCAUUGCAACAUGGAGCAGCGCAGUUUGAACAGCAGGCCGGUAAGCUGAAAAGGAAGUACUGGUGGCAAAACAUGAAGAUGAUGCUAAUUAUUGGUGCUAUCGGUGCGGUUCUACUUAUAAUCAUUAUUGUGUGGGCUACAUCCGGAUCCAGCUCAGCCCCCGCGCCCACGCCUACUCCUCCGGUUACCGAAGCACCUCCAGCCUCUGGGCGAUAACUACACAAAUUUUACACUCAUUCUGCAUUACAACAAUGGUAAAUACUUAAAACUUACACUUUAAGACUAUUGAAUUUAGUAACAGCCAUACAUCAUUUUAAAGUUACAAGUAAGUAUUGGCUUUAUACUAUUUGUAUGUGUAAUAUUGUGAAGAGUGAAACUGAGGAAUCCUUGCAACUUCUAAAUAAAGCAAAAAGUGAGACUUCUGGUGGAAUCCAUCUUCUAAUAUUAUGUGUUAGAAGCUCACCAUACAGUCUUUAGUUUUGCAAUAUUUAUUAUUUGCUAAAGUUUCUAUACACUUUCUAAGAAAUGGAAAUUGUAACAUUUUUUUAAAAUAAUUUACCCUUGUUAUAUGCAGAAUGAGUAAAUAGACCAACUGAAAUUGAUUAAUUAUCUACAGUCACACUUCAAAGAAUUCUAUUAUGAAACUUUGACCUAUAACUUGACUGAAACUUGUGAAAAACUAUAUUUUAUACCACAUUUACCUUCAGACUGUUAUAUAUCUUGCAAAUUUCUUAUACAAUAGCUUUUGAUAUAUGUCUACAAAAUUAUUAAUGCAUAGGAAAAAGUAAUUUAUUCAGGUAAAUAUUUAUGUAUCUACUGACUUAAAGUCAAACAUUAAUGUUUAGAUGAUAGCGAUAUUAAGUAUUACUAAUUGUUGCUUUAUGUAUGGCGAGCAAUUUUACCUAAAAGUGGCCAACUUCUACAGCAUACAAAAGUUAUAUAUUUAAAGU